UGAUUGGGUUUCGCUGGAAGGGAAUAGACUGAGCAGUUAGUUGGCUGUGCGGCAGAACAGAGAGAGUCGUUGGUAGGGACGGCUCUUGCGGCUCCCCUUUACUCAUCACAAUGUCUUCUCCCAGAAAGAUCAAAGAGGAUUUAAGUUCUGAUGAAGAGGGACAAGUGCACCCCACGCUCUCCCCUUCUGAGGAUCACAAGAUCAAGAUCUCCAGACUGCCUUUCAGCGUGGAAGCGCUCAUGGCUGAUAAGAGGGUUCCUAAGGAGACUCCCCUCUUACGUGCAGUGGACUCGUCUCCAGCCAGUAGCACCCCCAGCAGUCACCUUAAUAUGGGGAUCAGGGACAGCCCAAGUCCCCCUGGGCUCACAAAAACCUUUGAAACCUCAUCGGUGAAAUCAGAAAACUCUGAAGAUGGCACCAGCUGGUCCAAAGACGGGGGCUGCUAUUCCCCUCCACCAAGACACCUGAGCCCAUCUACCUGCCCUUUGAGGAAGCACAAAACCAACAGAAAGCCCAGGACUCCCUUUACCACCUCCCAGUUACUGGCCCUGGAGCGCAAGUUCCGCCAGAAGCAAUAUCUCUCCAUAGCAGAAAGAGCAGAAUUCUCCAGCUCCCUCAACCUCACAGAGACACAGGUUAAAAUAUGGUUCCAGAACAGAAGAGCCAAAGCCAAAAGACUUCAGGAAGCAGAAAUAGAAAAGCUGAAAAUGGCAGCAAAGCCCAUACUACCUCCUGGCUUUAGUAUACCUUUCCCUAUCAACUCUCCUAUUCAGGCUGCAUCACUGUAUGGAUCAUCUUAUCAAUUUCACAGGCCGGUCCUACAAAUGCCACCCAUGGGACUUUAUGCUACACCUGUUGGAUAUAGCAUGUAUCACUUAUCCUGAGGAGGUUGACAUGACAGAGCAAAGGAAAAGAGUACUGGGAUCAUGUCCAUAGACUCAAAGCAUCUCAAGAUCGACCAUCAUGUUUAGAGAAUAGGAGAGCCCAGCCUCUCUUUUGCAGGGUGCCCUCUGGAUCAAACUGCACCCUUCCUCCAAAUACCUUAAUUUCAGCAGUUGUGCAACUGCAAAAGACUGCAUUGAACAGGUACCAAAAAUCACAGAGAAAGCCAAGUAUUGGUGGAUUGCUUCUCAUCCCUCAGCUUUACCUUUAGUGACCAUGUUCGGGCCUAGUAUUACUUAUCAGCCUGUGCUGAAAUGUGUGAGCUUUUGUACAGGACUCACAGUCAUUACUGCCUUUUUAUGAAGGCAAAAUAAACCAAAAGACCUUCUAGAAACACUUGAAAAAAUGUAAAUAGAAAUCACAAGAAAUAACAAUUGAAGGGGUUUAGGGUUUUGCACUUAGAGGUUGUUGAUCAGUUAGGUGCAGUAACUGGAUUAUCAAGGCGGCCAAUUCUGGUUCAUAUUUUAAACAAGUAACAAGUAUCAAGAUGUUCACUGUGAAGCAUAGAGAUCUAGUAAGCAUAAAGGGGUAUCUAAAGAGAAAGCAGACCCUGUUACUGAUGAGGGGCUCAGAAGGAGGUGUAGGGGGCCCAGUAGAGUGAUGGCAGUUCCUCUAUAUGUUUAUGAAAAAUGUAGGGAACCCUUAAUAAAUUUUACUGCGGGACCAGUAACCACUGCAUCCAGACAUGUAUAUUUUUAUAGGCACCUGUCUACUAGUUAUUCUUGGGUUUUCAGAUGUGACCUGUUUUCAUAAGGAUUGCCAUAGGAUUCAAAUAUUCUAAAGGCCUAUUUUCUGUCUUAAAAAUGCUAUUGCAACUCGGAUAGGCCUGGUAUAAUGCUGUGCUAUAGAAAUGCCGUGUGGCAGGGUUACACUUGAAAUACAACACAGAGCAUGUGCUCCUUGGUUCCUGGCAUCACAGGGACCCCUUAAGGGGAACCAUGUUGAUUAAAGCACAAAUUACAUAGCAUUUUGCUUAAAAUGUGUUUGUUAUUUUAAGUACAUAUUUCAGGAAUGUCCAAACUGCCUCUUUUAGCUGCAAUUCCCAGCUCUCCACUAACAGCAAACGACUGGAGUGUUUCAGGCUGGACAAUCCUGAAUAAAAUUAUUUGUUCCCCUUUGAUUUUUGGGUUCCUAGACUUGUAUAUCAGCUCUUGUCACUGACCAAAUGUCAUACAGUUUUACCAAGUAAAUUUCUAAAUAUAUAAUGUGUGCGGUUUUAAUACUUUUUCAUUAAAUCUAGUUUGGGGAAGGGGAGGGGGGGUCCUAUUUUAUAUAGAUGAAUAGUGCCCAUUUUAAGAGGAAAAUCCUUUUUGGUGUUUUACUGUGAUGUAGAAGCAGCAUUUGUUUAUCAUAUUACAUUGCUGUUUUUCAGCCAUGACCCAACUGAUGGAACUUGCUCUGGUGGGGAUCAAGCUACCCUUAAUACAAUUAGUAUAGGCUGCAUGUAAACUAUCACAUAAUGCUCAAUAUUACCUAUAUAUACCCAAUAUUAUGGGUAAACUGCCUGAGGAAAUAGGGGUGAGUUGUGUUUACAGGCAGAGCACUUAGCACUCAUAAUGAGCCCCAUUUACAUUAGCUGAAACUUAUAUUUUAACACAGCCAAACUACAUUCUUUUAUAGGUCAAGGAAGGUAGUAGACAAGCCACCAGGUAAAAAUGGUCUUUAGAGCUGCACUCCAAAUUCUCUUUUCUUUAUAAUGCCCAGAGCUGGUUCCUGACAUUGUUCUGCCCACCAGAUCAAGCUACACCAGGCAGGGUCAUUUUAGGUAACAAAAUAGUGGCUAUUACUGCUCUGUCUCCAGCAAGGACUUUUUUUCCAGGUCAGUUGCUGUAAUAUUUCCAAACAAACCCGCAAGUCUAAAAGAGUGACUUUUAGCAAUCCUUCACCAUCUAGAUCACCGUUUUAUCUCUUUUUUUCUAUUAAAUAGUUCGCCCAAGUCAAGGAAGGUUUGAAAGAUUUGUCCUAUUUACAUUUUUUCAUUCUAUUUGUUUUAUUUAAAAAAUAAAAUAAAAAAUAAGGUAACUGUCAUUUUCAAAGUUAAGAACGGAAUAUUAUUUUCUGCUGUGGUGGAUUGUGGCCAAACUGAUUGGUCAUUUAUGAAGUCUGUGUUGUUAAAUAUGAUGUUAUUGUAAAUGAUUGUCUGAGAUGAUAUCCUAUUAUGCAAUGGGUGUACAGAGGUCCCAGGGAUGGGAAAUAUAUAGUCUGGAAAGCUUAUUCAACAGGAUGUGUGUAAUGCAAACUAACUGGAAACUCAAGUGCCUCAGAGUUACAUUUUUUUAAAAGCAUAAAACAACAAAGCCGAUGUUAAACACUUUUUUUGUGUGUGUAAGAAAUGAAUUUAUUCUCUUGAUGUCCACCAUAGUUUUACUGCUGAGAUCUGAACCACUUAAAGGCCCUAUCCAUUCCUUCUGUAAUUACCGUCCCUUUGAAAGGGAAGCCUUGUAAAAUGCUAUAUAUUUUAUUGAAGAGUUAUAAUUUCAUAUAUCUCUUAUUUGUAAUUAAAUUAAAAGCCAUGUUACAGUUGUAA